CGCUAGCGUGCGAUAUACUUUGGUUUAUAGAUCGAGGCAGUUCGGCACUAUCGAUAUGAUUUAUUUACAUUAUACACUACACUAUUUUUAAACCGGCGAUUCGGUGAGCUGUUGGAAAUAAUUAAAGUACGUUCAUUCUUUAGUCAACAAAUUUCUUUGUGAUAUUCGGAUAUACGUGGAUCGUAUUGAAGCGACUCUCAUAGAGAAAUUGACGCUUAUACUAUCACAACUGGCUGCUUCUUAUAAUUAAUUUCUCGUUGAGAUUUUAUUAAUUAAACUCAUUGAUUGAAUCCUCUUAUUGAAUAAAGAACAAUGGAUAUCCAUAAAUUAUUACCUGAAGGGCUUAAGAUAGAAAGUCCUUUUACUUGGGAGUUGGAUUUAAAACAAGUUAGUAGUUUUCAUGAAGAAGAAGCAGUGUUAGCUGACUAUGAAGAAUGCCCAGUAACACAUUUUCUUGAGAUGAACACAUUUGCAUAUAUUAGAUCUAUGCAAGGAAAAAUUGAUGCAGCUGAAGAAUUUAUUAGAGAAAUUAAUAAUGUUUGGAACGACAUUUAUGAAAGAGUUUCAGAGCAAAAAGAUUGCUCAGUCAACGUACUAAUGCAUAUAAAAGAUGCAACAGCUUAUUGCAUAUAUUUAAUUGCUGGAAAAAAAGACCAAUCAGAAGAAAUGGAAAUGAAAAUAAAAAAUGCAAAUGAUUUCAAAUCUGAUAUUGAAAAAGGAACUAUAGUUGGAUCUCAGGCUAUAGCUUUAAGUCUGUUUAAAGAAAAAAGUAUAGAUAUAUCUUUGAAAUUAGCUAAACAGGCUAUUUCAUAUGUUCCCAACUGUGCAUUGUGGCACUAUGUAACUGCCAAGUGUCUACGAAGAAAAAGACGUUGUCAAGAGAAUUGUUUAAUUGUUUCUGAAGAAGAAGAAAAUGAAUUUUUGAAAUGCUAUGAGUUAUCACAAACUGAUCAAUACAGAUUGUGUGUUGCAAGAAUGUAUAAGGAAAGUAAAAAUUGGAAAAAAUGUUCAGAUAUAUACAAUGAAAUCUACAGUAAAGAGCCAACAAACAUGAAAGUGAGAUUAAUUCUGGCCUUGUAUUUCAUGAAUAAAAAGGAUUUUUUCAAGGCCAAAAAUUGUUUAGAUUAUGUUGAAAAGUUAUUGCCUCCAGAAAAAACAUCAAAAACUUACUAUCAUUAUUUGGGAAAAUAUUAUGAAAAAACUAAAGAUUUCGCAAAAGCAAAAGAAAACUAUUUAAAAGCUAUUGGAGAUACAGGCAAUUUUCCUGCUGAUAUGGAUCAUUUUAAUCUUAUUAGAUGUAGUUCAAAGAAUAAUUAUAACGGUAUUAAAUACCUUCAAGAUAUGCUAAAAAGAUAUGAAGACAACAAAAGUCGUUCUUUGAAUAUAUUGGUUCAUUUAGGCAUCAUUUAUUUAAUUGAAAACAAAAAUUUGAAGCUAGCAGCCGAUUAUUUUUUAAAGGCUAUAAAAAUAAAUCCUUGCGAUCCGCAAUUAACGGAUUACCGUUCAUUUUAUCAUAAAAGAAAUUAUAACAUUUUUCAAUUGAUUAGUAGAAACAUUCUGACAGGAAAUGAAAAUAAUUACGGGAAUACUCUCAAAGAAUUGAAAAAUUAUUGCAUUGAAUAUAAAAAGAGAGUAGAAAAGAACAAUGUCGUAGAUUCACUGGACGAGAAAUUUGCUAAAGCACUUUCCCUUAAAGAAUAG